CAAUCGUUAACCAUGGUCCAGAGAGAAUCUUACCGUCCAGAGUCCUUACCAAUAACAAACUGUUUGUGCACUACGGCCAAACACAUUGAAUUGCAUGCCGCAUAGCCCAAUCGAAUAUUUGAGGGAAGCCCUUUAGUAAUUAUAUAAGCUGCUUGAUUGCUGUAAACCAAGCAUAUAAACCCAAGAAACAAUGGAAGCCCUAGAAGAUGUGAGAGGAGUUCUCAAGGUAUUCAGAGACGGCUCAAUUUUUCGCCUGGACGUUUCUCACUUAUUCAUCCAGGCCAAUGAGCAAACCGAACAAGGUGGGGUUGCAACUAAAGAUGUUAUCCUCAAUCAAAAUCUAGGGUUAUGGGUUCGAAUCUACUUGCCCUCAGUUGCCCCAGAUGUCCGCCUCCCCGUAAUGCUCUAUUUCCAUGGGGGCGGCUUCUGUCUGGCUUCACCCGGAACCACCGAUUUCCACAAUUUCUCCGCAAAACUGGCGGCGACUGCAGGUGUGAUGAUCGUGUCUGUAAACUACAGAUUGGCCCCCGAGCACCGCCUUCCCGCAGCCUACGAGGACUGCUUUUCGGCGCUCCAAUGGCUGAAUUCGGGAUCGGAAUCCGAGACGUGGGUGCGCUCGUAUGCAGACCCGGAAAAAGUUUACCUCCUGGGAGACAGUGCGGGCGGUAACAUUGUGCACCAGGUGAUUUUACGGUGCGGGAAGAAAGCGAAAGAGUGGAUAAAGGGGGCAAUCCUUCUGCAGCCCUUCUUCGGUGGGGAGGAGCGCAAGCGGAGCGAAGUGGAUUGCGUAGCGGAGGCUUUUCUGAGCGUGCAGCUGAGCGAUGCUUAUUGGCGUCUCUCGCUUCCCUCUGACUGCCACGCUGACAGAGACCAUCCGUACUGCAACCCUCUCGGGCCUCGAUCUCCUGACCUGCGGGAGGUGGAGUUUCCUCCCCUGCUGGUGGCGCUGGGCGGAAAAGAUGUGCUCAGAGAUCGCGGGCUCGAAUACUGCGAGGAGUUGAAGAAGAUGGGGAAAGAGGUGGACGUGGUUCUGUUUGAAGAGGAGGAGCACGCGUUCUAUGCGCUCAAACUCCAUUCGGACAGUGCGCAACAGUUGACGCAACAUAUCUCCCGAUUUCUCCAUUCUUAGCUACUCAUUGGUUGUGUGCUUUUUACUUUCCCAACCACAACUUAUUCUGCCAAGGGGUAGGUACCACUUACCUUGAUAUAUGUUAGCGUUUAUCGAGGAAUCAAAUGUAUUAUUGAGUGUUUUUUUUGCAAGAUGAGAAUUUGUUAUAAUGAGGUAAAAUAUAGAUAGUUUAAGUUGGAAUGGAAACUUCAAAUAAAUGAAAUUAGAGCUAUAUGUAAGAAUGUAGGGAGUAUGAAACAGAUUUGAUUUGUAACGAGGUCAAAUAGAUGGUUUAAGUUGGAAUGAAAACUUAGAAUAAAUGAAAUUACAGCGAUAUUGAAGAA